GCUCAUUAAUUAAUCUUUUCGGUGGACCGUGUUGUGAUUCAUAUUUCAUAUAUAAGUGUAACAAUUGCAUUCAUAAUUCAUAAGCUGGAACAAACUAAGAGUACCAAUACCUAGAAGAAAAAUCACAUCACAUAAAGCUAAAAAUGGGAACAGAAUCAAAGCCAUUGAAAAUCUACAUGCUCCCAUUUUUUGCACAAGGACACUUAAUCCCUCUUGUAAACUUAGCUCGUUUAGUAGCUUCAAAAAACCAACAAGUAACCAUCAUAACAACUCCUUCCAAUGCUCAACUCUUCGACAAAAUAAUCGAAGAAGAAAAAGCCGCCGGCCACCAUAUUCGUGUCCAUAUUAUCAAUUUCCCGGCUACUCAAGUCGGUCUCCCUAUAGGCGUUGAAAAUCUCUUUGCAGCUUCCGAUAACCAAACCGCGGGUAAAAUUUCCAUGGCUGCUCAUGUCAUUAAACCCGAAAUCGAAAACUUUUUGAAACAAAACCCGCCUCAUGUCUUCAUUCCGGAUAUCAUGUUCACUUGGAGUGAAUCCACAGCUAAAGAUCUUCAAAUUCCACGACUUGUUUUUAACCCUAUAUCAAUCUUCGAUGUUUGUAUGAUUCAAGCUAUUCAAUCUCAUCCGGAAGCUUUUGUUUCGGAUUCGGGACCUUAUCAAAUUCCCGGUCUUCCUCAUCCACUUACAUUACCAAUAAAACCAUCACCGGGUUUUGCUAGACUCACUGAAGCAUUGAUCAAAGCCGAAAAUGGUUCUCAUGGCGUAAUUGUUAAUAGUUUCGCUGAACUUGAUGAAGGUUACACUGAAUAUUACGAGAAUCUUACCGGACGAAAGGUUUGGCAUGUUGGGCCUACUUCUCUCAUGGUGGAAAACACCAAAGAGAAAGUAAUUAAUAUUAGUAACGAGAAAAAACACGAGAGUCUCACUUGGCUUGACGCACAAGAACCAAAUUCGGUUGUUUACAUUAGUUUCGGAAGUUUAUGUAGUUUAUCAAAUGAACAACUUAUGGAGUUAGCUAUUGGAAUUGAAAAUUCAAAUCAUAAAUUUCUUUGGGUGGUUCAUAGGAAAGAAGGCGAAGAUGAUGAUAAUUGGUUACCCAAAGGUUUCGAACAAAAGAUGAAAGAAAAGAAAAGAGGAAUGUUAAUUAAGGGUUGGGUUCCACAAGCGUUAAUAUUGGAUCAUCCAUCAAUAGGUGGAUUUUUAACGCAUUGUGGUUGGAAUGCAACCGUAGAAGCUAUAAGCUCCGGAGUGCCAAUGAUUACAAUGCCAGGAUUUGGUGAUCAAUAUUAUAACGAAAAAUUGGUGACCGAGGUGCAUCGUAUUGGUGUGGAGGUUGGUGCAGCAGAGUGGAGUAUAUCGCCUUAUGAUGCUAAGAAGACGGUGGUGAGCGCUGAGAAAAUAGAGAAGGGUGUGAAGAGUUUGAUGGAUAGUGAUGGUGAAGGCGGAGAAAUAAGAAAAAGAGCUAAAGAAAUGAAAGCGAAAGCAUGGAAAGCCGUUCAAGAAGGUGGAUCGUCGCAAAAUUGUCUUACGAAACUCGUUGAUUAUUUUCAAAGUUUGGUGGUUCCAAAAUCAGUAGAGUUAAGCUAACUAGAUUGUUAGUUUCAACUUUCAAUUUUCCUUUUACUCAGUUAUUAUGCAUAAUUUGAUCUUCAAUGUUUUCAAAUUAAGUACAAUUACAAAUAAGUUAAAAAUAAACAAUGUCAUUGGGGUACUGAUUGUUACAACUUGCCAUGCUUGAACGUGUUCACUGUAUUGCAAGAAAUUUUUAUUGGAUUGUCUUUCAUAAUUUAAUUUGUUUGAUUUUGUGGU